CCAGAACAUGGCGGAGUUGUGUUGAGAAAUAACUUAGAUCCGUUUUGUUUCGAUGAUAGUUGAUUUGAAGCCACCCAGGAGGCGUUGAGAAGAUAACAAAUCAAGUGGCCACAGUAUUUCGUAUGAAUUCAAAAGAAAACAACUCAGCUGAAGGCGGAGAUCGAGCCGCGAGAGAUCCUGCCCCAAGUGAAACUGAAGUCAGUCCUGUCAACGAAGGAGAAGGCAUGAAGAGGGCAGCAGCUAAACAGCUAAUUGAGAGAUAUUACUACCAGCUAACAAAUGGCUGUGGCGAUCCGAAUUGUCGUAAUGCCUACUGUUCAUCCUGUCCUGAAUUCUGUUUCCGUCAUGCUGAUAGAAAUUCCCUCGCCUUACGAGCUAUAGAUCUCUUUAGAUCAAAGGUGAAACUAUGUGAUGAUCACUCUAAUAAAGUACGAAGACCCUCUCAAGAUUCUGACGAUUUUGAAGAAACAUCUAUUAAAGGAGAAAGACCUUCUACUUCCAGUACAUUAGAUGCUGAGAAUUAUGUCACUAAUAUUGUAUCUGCCUUUAUACCAUCAGUGUCAAAAGUAACGUACCUAACAGAAGAAAAAGUAUAUAGUAUUAUAGAUGAUUGUAAGGCUCAAGAUGAUUGGUCGAAAUUAAUUCAUACGAUUGGUUCAGUGUUUAACAGUCCCGAUUCAUUAAUCUUGAGUUUCCGUAAAGAUGCCAUUUAUAAAAAGAAGAGUCCAGUUGUGUCCCCUUCCGAGUCCAAAACGAGGUGUUCGGAUAUUUCAGAGAAAUCGUCAAUGGAUUGUUUGAAAUCGGAAAGUGGACGUGAUCUGUCUGUGAAAAAUAAAAAGCCAAGUAAUAUUUUGGACUCUGUGACUCUAGAUAUUGAUGCGUUAAGAAGAACUUUCUCACGUUUGAUGGACAUUCCUGGUCAUCCUUUCCAAUCUGCCUUAAUUAACGCCCUACGCUCUUUAUCAAAAGCGGUAGAAAUGGACAUCAAAUAUCAUAAUGCUUUAAAACGUGACCCGAACUAUAUUAACGUUUUUUUGAUAGUGUUUGAGAUUCCUUUAUUACACAGUCCAGAAUUUAUCGAGAACGCCUUUCCCGUGUUUUGUCGAGCUUUAGGUCAUUUGUCAAUCCAUGGCCAGACGUUACUGGCUAAGGUUUUGUCUCAAUAUCCUGUGGACAGAUUAAGUGAAAUGUUACAAGCCUUACAACAGUUGAUAAUUGUUAAAGUGAUAACUGGCGAGGGACAGUGGGGGCAGCACUGUCAGCUUAACGACGAUGAUGGAAUUGUGGGAGCCACGAAAGUUAUGAAAAUUAUCUACUAUGCUAGUAUCUAUGGUGGGAAAUGUGACAGCCCAGAUCAGAUUGAAAAAGAGAAAAGAUUAGAAUCACUGGAAGGAGAAGAGAGUAAUGAGUUUUUACAAGGAGCUGUAGGAUUGGAGAAGGAGCCCUACACCGUCAAGGAAGAUCCUCUUGGUAAAGAACUAUCUGUACGAGCGUCUGAUUGUCGUAAACCUUUAAUACCCUUCGAUGAAUUUGUGAACGAUCCACUAAACGAUCAUAUCGAUAUCAGCACGGAUUAUGCAUAUUAUCGUGCCGAAUCUGAUCUCAAAUUUUCUUUCGUGACGCAUAACUUUAUUCUGACGACGGCUUCCAAACAUACGAGUAUGUAUUUUGAUAAUCGAAUUAGAAUGUUAAAUGAACGGAGGACAUCGUUUUUACAGACUAUUAUACAUGGUGCUCCACCUAUGCCAUACCUCAAAUUAAACGUUAGAAGAACACAUGUUGUAGAGGAUGCCUUGAUCUCGCUUGAAAUGUUUGCCAUGCAGAACCCAGGAGAUUUAAAGAAACAGUUAUUUGUUGAGUUUGACGGUGAACAAGGUCUAGAUGAGGGGGGUGUAUCAAAAGAAUUCUUUCAACUGGUGGUGGAGAGAUUGUUUAAUCCAGAUAUAGGCAUGUUUACCCAUAAUGAAGAUUGUAAUCUAUACUGGUUUAACCCUACUAGUUUUGAAAAUGAUGGACAGUUUACGUUAAUUGGGAUUCUACUGGGAUUAGCUAUCUAUAAUAGUUGUAUAUUAGAUAUUCACUUCCCAAUGGUGGUUUAUAGAAAACUAAUGGGUAAAAUAGGGACUAUGGAUGAUCUUUAUGAAUUUGACUCUUCUCUAGCCUCAGGGUUACAACAAGUACUAGACUACCCUGACGAUGAUUUAGAAGAUAUUUUUAUGUUAAAUUUCCACGUCAGUUAUCACGAUGUAUUCGGUAAUAAUUUAACCACAGAUUUAAAACCAGAUGGCAGUACCAUAGCAGUUACCAGCAAAAAUAAACAGGAGUAUGUAGACCUAUAUAUAGAUUUUAUAUUAAACAAGUCGGUAGAGAGACAGUUUAAAGCCUUUAAGCGAGGGUUUACAAUGGUGACUAAUGAGAGUCCGUUACGAAUGUUAUUCAGACCUGAUGAAAUAGAAUUAUUAGUGUGUGGUAGUAAGGUUUUAGAUUUUCAUGCUUUAGAAGAGGCUACAGAAUAUGAUAACGGUUUUACAGCUCAAUCAAAAACCAUCAGGAAUUUUUGGGAGGUGGUCCAUGAAUUUCCAGAGAGUGAAAAGAGAAAAUUAUUACAAUUUACAACUGGUACCGACAGAGUUCCAGUUGGUGGUUUAUCAAAACUUAAAUUAACCAUAGCUAAAAAUGGCCCUGAUUCAGAUAGAUUGCCGACAUCUCAUACAUGUUUUAAUGUACUACUCCUGCCAGACUAUAAUACAAAAGACAAAUUAGAGGAACGCUUACUUAAAGCUAUCAUGUAUUCGAAAGGUUUCGGAAUGCUUUGAUACACUGGAAUUUAUUCUAGCUUAAUUUAUUGGUUUUCUCAAUUUGAGUAUGAAUUGACCAUUCAGAUGUUUGGAAAUAAUUUGUUAAUUUGAAUAUGAACUUUGCAUUUUUGACCUACAUUUUGUUUUGAUUAUGUUGAAAAUAGCAUGAAAAUAUGAAUUUAAAUUUGAAAAAAUCUCUCCAAAAUUUCAUUGGUCAAACACAGAUAAUUCAGCCAAUCAGCAGUCCUGUUUAAAAACCAUGAGUUUUCUGCGAAUUCUCUCGCUUUGUAUAUAUUUGUUAUGAAGGCUUGUUUUUUUGUUAUUUGAAUUAAGUGCUACCUAAUUUAUUACCCUCCCCUUUGCUGUUUUUGCAUUCUGGCUAUUGACCCCACCCCCACCAAAUUAAGUCAUUGCUACUUCUUGUGUGACACUCAUAUGUUAAAAUCCAGUUUUUGAAAAAUAAAUUUGUACUUCUUUCUGAUGGUAAGAGGGGCUGACAUGCAAAAAGUGUCUAAUCAUUCAGAUGGGACAAUAAACCGAGGCCCUGUGUAUUACAGGCUGUGUAUGUUAAAGAUCCCUCGACAGUUGGUAAUCAAAAAAGAACAAUGCCGCUGUCUUGGCAAAAUUUCCCUCAUUGCACCCUACAUGGCGUUGUCCGUCUUCAUUGGCCCACACAUCGGCCAGUAAAGUUUUUUUUGAUUGGCACAGGAGUUGUGAUUAUUUAAAGGGAUAUGGUCAUCAAAAUAUUUGCUUUUCCAGCUGAUAGAGCUUAACUAAUUUUCAGAUAUUCAGUUGUUUCACUUAUCUUAUAUAUUAAUUACAAUAAGAAGCAUCUUUAUUGUAUAAUUGCCAUAGUUUAUUGCUCUGAAUUAAAGUGCUUAAAUAAAGAUAUUUAACACUU